AUGAAUUCUCAUAGUCCUCUCAGUGGCGGUCUCGAAUCAGCUGCUAAGAAGCUUGAAAGUCGACCUUCUCCUUUAGACUUUGCAGCUUAUUUACCCUGGGCCUGUGGUCAACUGGAAAUAUCACUCAUCCCAAUAAUAAAUAGGAUUACAAUCAGUGAUGCUUUACGCAGUAAUGCUACUAGUGGAAAAGACAAUAAAGAAGAAACACUUAAUGCUGAUAUACAGUCAGGAAGUGACUUCAAUGAUAUUAUAGGCGGAUCUAGCACAUAUUAUGCAUCCGACUUUUUCCAUAUAGAUGCAGUCUACGACGAUAGUAAUAAUUUAAUUCAACUGAAAUUCAAAAAUAAAUCAACAAUACCAGUUACUUUAUUUAAACUUUUGACUCUUAUUGUACAGUUUCAGACGUGUUUAAAAGCGAUUUACAUUAACCGAGGGUUAAAUAAAAGUGGGUUGUAUCAACUGAAUAAAGUUGUAAAUAUAGCACACAUUACUGACAUCAUUCUAGACAACACCACUGUCACUGAAGCCAAUUAUUAUAUAUUGCUGGAUGAUGAUUCUCCUUUGAAAUAUCUUUCUCUUUCAAGGUGCAAACUCAACGAUACUGCAGUAAAAAUGAUUGCUUUAAGAUUACAGCAUCCAUCGAAAGCAUCCAAAACUUUAACCGUUUUAAAUCUAUCCUCAAACAAAAUAUCAGACGAAGGUGCAAAAUAUUUAGGCGAUACCUUAAGAACAAACAGACAACUUGCUUAUUUGAAUCUGUCAGGUAAUUUGAUCUCAGAUACUGGAGUAGAUGGCAUUUUAAGUAGUUUAAUCACAUUUAAAUUAACAACUGAUGAAAUUAAUGAAAAGAGGGCCAGGAAACUCACUUAUAUACAAGCGAAAAAUAAAUUUAUAAAUGAAACAGUUGAACGUAUGUAUAUAGAAUACGAAAAAAAAGUUGCUGCUAAGAAAAAAACCUUUAAGGUUCCUACCGUAACUAAAAGAUCCAAAUCCAUUGAAGCUUCCCAAGAUAUUGAUACGAGUAUAGGCGUUAUGGAUGAAGUCUGGCUUGAGAAGGCUGAAGCUGUCGCAGCAGAAAUGGUAGCACCAUUUCAAGAUCCAUUUAGUUGUGAAAAUAUUAUAGUCAGAGAUAAUGUUCUUUACUGUUACGGCAAUAAUACUCUGCGUUACUUAAAUUUAGCCUACAAUAAUUUAAGUUACUACAGCGUCAAAAAACUGCAUAAUGUUAUAAGUAUACAGCGUGAUUGGGAUAGGAAGCCAAAAGGUUUGAUUAAUGUUUGUAUUGAAGGUAAUCAAAUACCAAUAUUUUGUAAAGAGUUAUCAGACAUAAAUGUCACUUUAGAAAUUGGCUUAUCUCGAAUGCAAAAUGCGUCAUUCAUACACAAAAAAAAGACUGGAAAGAAAUAA